UUACAUUUCAGACACAUUAAAGAUGAAGGCACCAGUGACUCUCCUGGUGCUCUCUCUUCAUCUUUGCCUGUCAAUUCCGGUCAGCCGUCCCAGCAACUGGUUGAGACAGUGUCGAGCCUCCACCAACCUCUCCAUCACAGCACUAGAGGUGCUACCAGGCGGAGGCUGGGAUAACCUAAGGAACAUCGAUAUGGGUCGGGUCAUGAAUCUCAGCUACUUUCAGUGCCAGACCACCGAGGAUGGGCUCUACCUCAUCCCAGAUGAGGUGUUUGUUAUACCCCACAAAGAGACGGGAGUGGAGACCAACUCUGAGAUAAUCAGUUCCUGGCAGGUGCAGCAAAGCUCGACGGCUCGCAGCAUAAAUGCUGAAGCGUCUUUCUUUUCUCUGUUGAAUGGGAAAUACUCCUCUGAGAACCAGAGAAUAAAGAUCCAUCAGGUCCAAGACUCUUCAAACGCAACCAGAGUACAGGUUCGCAAUCACAUCUACACCAUUAAGGCUUUUCCGGACUUCAGCCUAGACGCACGUUUUUCUCAGCAAGCAAGGGAGAUAGCGGACGCAAUAGAAAACAACCAAACAAGGAAUGCAGACUACCUCUCAGAGAAGAUGGUCCUGAACUACGGGACACAUGUCAUCACCAGUGUUGACGCCGGGGCUUCUUUGGUGCAGGAGGACUACCUCCGCUCCUCGUAUGUGUCGGACGGCGUGUUGGAAAGUUCUGGCAUAAAAGCCUUGGCUGGCCUGAACUUUUUCGAUAAGCUCAAGUUUGACAUAAGCAGCCAAAACAGCCAACAGAGCUCAUCGCUUCAGACGUAUCAGUCUAAUAUUCAGUAUUCCCUCAUUAAAAGCCAUGGCGGUGCACCUUUCUAUCCAGGCAUCACUCUGCAGAAGUGGCAGGAAAGCACCAGAAAUAACCUGGUUGCUAUUGAUCGGUUAGGAUUAGCCCUCCACUACUUUAUAAAUGAAAAAGCUUUCCCUGACCUGCCACAGCCGACCGUUGACAAGGUGGCUAAACUAGUGGGUAAGGCCAUCGAGUGCUACUACAAGGUCAACACUCGUCCUGGCUGUGUCGACGUCAACUCCCAGAACUUCAACUUCCAAGCCAACAUAGAUGACGCUUCCUGCGAGGGCCCAGCUACAAACCUCAGUUUUGGCGGUAUCUACCAGGAGUGCAUUCCCACCUCCCAAAAUACAGGACCGCUGUGCGACGCCUUGGCCCAGAAAAAUCCUGAUACAGGUGCCUUUUCCUGUCAGCCACCUUACUCGCCCACCCUACUGAGAUCAGAAGUGAGACAGCAAGCUUACACCGUGUACGAAUGUCACGACGAGAGCUAUCGAUGUGGGAUCUUUCACCUGUCCCAUUGCCAUCGCCAAGUGUGUCAAGACAACACUUAUGUACGCUCGGCUCGCAUCAACACCUUCUGGUGUUCGAUCAAUGGCAAAGCUCCGGAGAACUCUGGGUAUCUGUUUGGGGGCGUUUAUGGCCCCUCCCAAGUGAACCCCAUCACCAACUCAAAAAGGUGCCCAUCAAACUUCCUUCCACUAAAGUUUCUCUCAGAUGGCCAAGUGAUCUGUGUGAGUAAGGACUAUGAACUUGGCACCAAAAAUUCUGUACCAUUCGGGGGCUUCUUCAGCUGUCAGUCAAGCAACCCCAUGGGCGGGCAACAACGUCAGUGCCCGCCCAAGUUCAGUCAACAUCUUGCUGCAGUCAGUGAUGGCUGUGAAGUCCUCUACUGUGUCCAGUCAGGACGGUUCACAGGCGGGCAGUUGCUUCCAAUCAACCUCCCUCCUUUCACCAGAGCACCACUUGUAAGCUUGCAAGUGACCAACACGGUCAUGGUGAUGACAGAGGGCGAAAAAAGCUGGGUUAGAGUCGGACAGACCAAGACGUGGAAACUGGCCAAAGAGGAAGAUGUUCAGAAGAUUUUCAAAAGCCUUAACGCAGACCAGAGCCAGAUGUCCAGCGGGGAAAAGGCAGGGGUAGCAUUUGGAGUCAUGGGCAUGAUGGCACUGGUGCUUGUGGGAGUAGUGUUCUUGGUGAAAAGAAGACGACAGCCGUUUGGGAUGAUGGUGAGACGAGGUUACACAGAAAUACGCCAACAAGAGGUUGAGCGAGAAUGAAGGGGAAGGCGAGAGACUGGCAGAGGACGCUUGAAAUAUUAAGUGACAGUUGUGGCCUGAUAUUUCCUUCUAUAUUUUUAAAAAGGUUCGUAUUAAAUAAGCUGUACAUUCUGAAAUGGAGAAUUUCAGUGUAAAUUACAUUUCAAUAGCAUAAUUUAGACUCUAAACAGAGCACUGAUAAGGAAACCAAAACAACUGCAUAUAUUUACUAACAGAAUAUGCUUACGCCACCAAAGGUUAUGAUUGUUGGGUCUUUGUAGUGACCCACAGUGAAGAUGUUGCAUGCUUAGCCAUUUUCUUGAAAAUGUGUAACCUCUGACAAUCCAACUUUUUAUUGCUAUAAAGUGUAUAUCAUACCUGACGGUAAAAGGACAAAUUGCAUGAAUGUCAAUGUUGUUGCACUAUUUUAACUAAGGGACUAUAUGACUUACAUUGAAAUAAAUGGCUUUUAAAUUCAAUCCGAGGCUUGCUCUGUCAUAAGUAUAUAAAAAAAAUCUUCAAAGUUGAAGUGGAUUUAGUUAUUGCAAUUACCCUUUCUGUGAUAUUCAUUGUAGUGCAAUGCUGGAUUAGUUGUUUUAAAAAUAUGCAUGCAUGAAAAUAACUUUAAUAAGAUGACAAAAUCUUAAUUUGCAGAAAUUGAGUGUU